AUGAAGACCUGCGGUUUUCGCCAUUCGGAAGAGGAGACUUGGAUGCAUGUUUUCAUACCCAAUACUAUUUUCAGACGAAGUGUAUCGAAGUUCAUAUCCUUUAUAUGCCAUCUUUCUCUGGUCGAUAUUGUUAAACCAAUAACCUUGGAUGAUGAAGAUUCAAAUACUAGCCAGAAUCCAGAAUAUGAAAAUCACUUCAAGUUAACAGACGAUGGUCUACUCUCAACAAGUAAUCAUCCAUCAAAAACACGUGAUUUAAUUCGUUUUGCAUUAGGCCCAAUUAUGGAAAACUCAUCGAGAUAUCUUCCCGGUGUAAUUCAAAAUGGUUAUACGAAUGGCACUGGAUUCGAGCAAGCAUUUCGUGCUAGUUUAUUUGCCUAUCUGCAGUGA